GGAUUUCCCGGCCGGUGUUUCGGGCCCUUUAAGAGGCGACGCCGGAGCCGGAGCCAUUUUCCCCCCUUCGGCCGCGGCGAGGAGGAGCCGGAGCGGGAGUGACACCGGCGAGACCCAGCGCGACCUGAGGCGGCUCUAGGUGACUCGGGCCAGUGCAGAGGGCCCCAGGCCGCAGGCAGGAGCAGCUGGGCCAAUUCCCUGGCCGGGGAACGGAAGGGGAUGGCGUCGGGCCUGGGCUCCCCGUCCCCCUGCUCAGCGGGCAGUGAGGAGGAGGAUAUGGAUGCACUUCUGAACAACAGCCUGCCCCCACCCCAUCCAGAAAACGAGGAAGACCCGGAAGAGGAUUUAUCAGAAGCAGAGACUCCAAAGCUCAAGAAGAAGAAAAAGCCUAAGAAACCUCGAGACCCUAAAAUCCCUAAGAGCAAGCGCCAAAAAAAGGAGCUGGGGGACAGCUCUGGGGAGGGGCCAGAGUUUGUGGAGGAGGAGGAAGAGGUGGCUCUGCGCUCAGACAGUGAGGGCAGCGACUAUACUCCUGGCAAGAAGAAGAAAAAGAAGCUUGGACCUAAGAAAGAGAAGAAGAGCAAAUCCAAGCGGAAGGAGGAGGAGGAAGAGGAGGACGAGGAUGAUGAUUCCAAGGAACCUAAGUCAUCUGCCCAGCUUUUGGAAGACUGGGGCAUGGAAGACAUCGACCAUGUGUUCUCAGAAGAAGAUUACCGGACCCUCACCAACUACAAGGCCUUCAGCCAGUUUGUCCGACCCCUGAUUGCUGCUAAAAACCCCAAGAUUGCUGUCUCCAAGAUGAUGAUGGUCUUGGGUGCAAAGUGGAGGGAAUUCAGUACCAACAACCCCUUCAAGGGCAGCUCAGGAGCGUCAGUGGCAGCUGCAGCUGCAGCGGCUGUGGCUGUGGUGGAGAGCAUGGUGACAGCUACUGAAGUUGCCCCUCCCCCUCCCCCCGUGGAGGUGCCGAUCCGCAAGGCCAAGACCAAGGAGGGCAAAGGUCCCAAUGCUCGGAGGAAGCCGAAAGGCAGCCCGCGAGUGCCUGACGCCAAGAAGCCCAAACCCAAGAAAGUAGCCCCUCUGAAGAUAAAGCUGGGAGGGUUCGGCUCCAAGCGGAAGAGAUCCUCGAGUGAGGACGACGAUUUAGAUGUAGAGUCUGACUUCGACGAUGCCAGUAUCAAUAGCUAUUCUGUUUCGGAUGGUUCCACCAGCCGCAGUAGUCGGAGCCGUAAGAAACUCCGGACCACUAAAAAGAAAAAGAAAGGCGAGGAGGAGGUGACUGCUGUGGAUGGUUAUGAGACAGACCACCAGGACUAUUGUGAGGUGUGCCAGCAAGGCGGCGAGAUCAUCCUGUGUGAUACCUGUCCCCGAGCCUACCAUAUGGUGUGCCUGGACCCAGACAUGGAGAAGGCCCCCGAGGGCAAGUGGAGCUGCCCACACUGUGAGAAGGAGGGCAUCCAGUGGGAAGCUAAGGAGGACAAUUCUGAGGGCGAGGAGAUUCUGGAAGAAGUUGGGGGAGACCCAGAAGAGGAGGAUGACCAUCAUAUGGAAUUCUGUCGUGUCUGCAAGGAUGGCGGGGAGCUUCUAUGCUGUGACACCUGCCCUUCUUCCUACCAUAUCCACUGCCUGAACCCUCCGCUGCCAGAGAUCCCAAAUGGCGAAUGGCUCUGUCCCCGCUGUACUUGUCCAGCUCUUAAGGGCAAAGUGCAGAAGAUCCUAAUUUGGAAGUGGGGCCAGCCACCGUCUCCCACACCAGUGCCUCGGCCUCCAGAUGCUGAUCCUAAUACCCCAUCUCCCAAACCCUUGGAGGGGCGGCCGGAGAGGCAGUUCUUUGUGAAAUGGCAAGGCAUGUCUUACUGGCACUGCUCCUGGGUGUCAGAACUGCAGUUGGAGCUGCACUGUCAGGUGAUGUUCAGAAACUACCAACGGAAGAAUGAUAUGGAUGAGCCACCUUCUGGGGACUUUGGUGGAGAUGAAGAGAAGAGCCGAAAGCGAAAGAACAAGGACCCUAAGUUUGCAGAGAUGGAAGAGCGCUUCUACCGCUAUGGAAUAAAACCGGAGUGGAUGAUGAUCCACCGCAUCCUCAACCACAGUGUGGACAAGAAGGGCCACGUCCACUAUUUAAUCAAGUGGCGAGACUUACCCUAUGACCAGGCGUCUUGGGAGAGUGAGGAUGUGGAGAUACAGGACUAUGACCUGUUCAAGCAGGGCUACUGGAACCACAGGGAAUUAAUGAGGGGCGAAGAAGGACGACCUGGCAAGAAGCUUAAGAAGGUGAAGCUACGGAAACUGGAAAGGCCUCCGGAGACCCCAACUGUUGAUGUGAGUGUGGGUGGAAGGGGAAGGGUGUGUUUGUUGUGUGGGCAGUAUGCUGCAGUCAUGGGUCACUCCAAAGGCCCCUUCUUAGUGAGCGCUCCUCUGUCCACCAUCAUCAACUGGGAGAGAGAGUUUGAGAUGUGGGCUCCUGAUAUGUAUGUGGUAACCUAUGUGGGUGACAAGGACAGCCGUGCCAUCAUCCGGGAAAAUGAGUUCUCCUUUGAAGACAAUGCCAUCCGUGGUGGCAAGAAGGCCUCAAGGAUGAAGAAAGAAGCGUCUGUGAAGUUCCAUGUCCUGCUGACAUCCUACGAGUUGAUCACCAUUGAUAUGGCCAUCUUGGGCUCUAUUGACUGGGCCUGCCUCAUUGUGGAUGAAGCCCAUCGGCUGAAGAACAACCAGUCUAAGUUCUUCCGAGUUUUGAACGGUUACUCACUCCAGCACAAGCUGUUGCUAACUGGAACGCCAUUACAAAACAAUCUAGAGGAGCUGUUUCAUCUGCUCAACUUUCUCACCCCUGAGAGGUUCCACAACUUAGAAGGCUUCUUGGAGGAGUUUGCAGACAUUGCCAAAGAGGACCAGAUUAAAAAACUUCACGACAUGCUGGGGCCUCACAUGCUGCGGCGGCUCAAAGCAGAUGUCUUCAAGAAUAUGCCAUCCAAGACAGAGCUGAUUGUGCGUGUGGAGUUGAGCCCUAUGCAGAAGAAGUACUACAAGUAUAUUCUCACGCGGAAUUUCGAAGCACUUAAUGCUCGAGGUGGUGGCAACCAGGUUUCUCUGCUGAAUGUGGUGAUGGAUCUUAAGAAGUGCUGCAACCACCCUUACCUCUUCCCUGUGGCAGCGAUGGAAGCCCCUAAGAUGCCUAAUGGUAUGUAUGAUGGCAGUGCCCUAAUCCGAGCAUCUGGGAAGUUGUUGCUGCUGCAGAAGAUGCUUAAGAACCUGAAAGAGGGAGGGCACCGUGUGCUCAUCUUCUCCCAGAUGACCAAGAUGUUGGACUUGCUAGAGGAUUUUUUAGAACAUGAAGGUUAUAAAUAUGAACGCAUUGAUGGUGGAAUCACUGGGAACAUGCGUCAGGAGGCCAUUGAUCGAUUCAAUGCACCGGGAGCUCAACAGUUCUGCUUCUUGCUUUCCACUCGAGCUGGGGGCCUUGGAAUCAAUCUGGCCACUGCUGACACAGUUAUUAUAUAUGACUCUGACUGGAACCCUCAUAAUGACAUCCAGGCCUUUAGCAGAGCCCACCGUAUUGGGCAAAAUAAGAAGGUGAUGAUCUACCGGUUUGUGACCCGUGCAUCAGUGGAGGAGCGCAUCACACAGGUGGCAAAGAAGAAGAUGAUGUUGACACAUUUAGUGGUACGGCCCGGUCUGGGCUCCAAGACAGGCUCGAUGUCCAAACAGGAGCUUGAUGAUAUCCUCAAGUUUGGCACUGAGGAACUAUUCAAGGAUGAAGCCACAGAUGGAGGAGGAGACAACAAGGAGGGAGAAGACAGCAGUGUUAUCCAUUAUGACGAUAAGGCCAUUGAACGACUGCUGGAUCGAAACCAGGAUGAGACUGAAGACACAGAAUUACAGGGCAUGAAUGAAUAUUUGAGCUCAUUCAAAGUGGCUCAGUAUGUGGUACGGGAAGAAGAGAUGGGGGAGGAAGAGGAGGUAGAACGGGAAAUCAUAAAACAGGAAGAGAGUGUGGAUCCUGACUACUGGGAGAAAUUGCUGCGGCACCAUUAUGAGCAGCAGCAAGAAGAUCUAGCCCGAAAUCUGGGCAAAGGAAAAAGAAUCCGUAAACAGGUCAACUACAAUGAUGGCUCACAGGAGGACCGAGAUUGGCAGGACGACCAGUCCGACAACCAGUCCGAUUACUCGGUGGCCUCAGAGGAAGGUGAUGAAGACUUUGACGAACGGUCAGAAGCUCCCCGCAGGCCCAGUCGCAAGGGCCUGCGGAAUGAUAAAGAUAAGCCGUUACCUCCUCUGCUGGCCCGUGUUGGUGGGAACAUUGAAGUACUUGGUUUUAAUGCUCGUCAGCGAAAAGCAUUUCUUAAUGCAAUUAUGCGAUAUGGCAUGCCACCCCAGGAUGCUUUUACCACUCAGUGGCUUGUGAGAGAUCUUCGAGGCAAGUCAGAGAAAGAAUUUAAGGCUUAUGUGUCACUGUUCAUGCGACAUCUGUGUGAGCCUGGGGCAGAUGGGGCUGAGACCUUUGCUGAUGGCGUCCCCCGAGAAGGCCUGUCUCGUCAACAUGUUCUCACUAGGAUCGGUGUUAUGUCUCUGAUUCGAAAGAAGGUUCAGGAGUUUGAACAUGUUAAUGGACGCUGGAGCAUGCCAGAACUGGCUGAAGUAGAGGAAAACAAAAAAAUGUCUCAGCCAGGUUCACCCUCUCCCAAGACUCCUACACCUUCCACACCAGGGGACACACAGCCCAACACUCCUGCGCCUGUGCCGCCUGCUGAGGAUGGGAUAAAAAUAGAGGAAAAUACCCUUAAAGAAGAAGAGAGCACUGAAGGAGAGAAGGAAGUUAAAUCUACAGCCCCUGAGGCGACUGUGGAGUGUACACAGCCCCCUGCCCCUGCCACUGCCCCUGCCACUACCACUGCUACUGCCAGUGCCCCUGAGGAUGACAAGGCUCCUGCCGAGCCUCCUGAGGGGGAGGAAAAAGUGGAAAAGGCAGAGGUGAAGGAGAGAACAGAGGAGCCUAUGGAGACGGAGCCCAAAGGUACUACAGAGGUGGAGAAAGUAGAGGAGAAGUCUGCGGUAGACCUGACCCCAAUCGUGGUGGAAGACAAAGAAGAGAAGAAGGAGGAGGAAGAGAAAAAGGAGGUGAUGCUUCAGAAUGGAGAAACUCCCAAGGAUCUCAGUGAUGAGAAACAGAAGAAAAACAUCAAACAGCGUUUCAUGUUCAACAUUGCAGAUGGUGGUUUUACUGAGUUGCAUUCCCUGUGGCAGAAUGAAGAGCGGGCAGCCACAGUCACUAAGAAGACUUAUGAGAUCUGGCACCGUCGCCAUGACUACUGGCUGCUGGCGGGCAUUAUAAACCACGGCUAUGCCCGGUGGCAGGACAUCCAGAAUGACCCACGGUAUGCCAUCCUCAAUGAGCCUUUCAAGGGUGAAAUGAAUCGUGGCAAUUUUCUAGAGAUCAAGAAUAAAUUUUUAGCUCGAAGAUUCAAGCUCUUAGAACAAGCCCUGGUGAUCGAGGAGCAGCUUCGCAGGGCAGCUUACCUGAACAUGUCCGAGGACCCCUCUCACCCGUCUAUGGCCCUUAACACCCGCUUCGCUGAGGUGGAGUGUUUGGCAGAGAGUCACCAGCACCUGUCCAAGGAGUCGAUGGCAGGGAAUAAGCCGGCCAAUGCAGUCCUACACAAAGUCCUGAAACAGCUGGAGGAACUGUUGAGUGACAUGAAAGCUGAUGUGACGCGGCUCCCAGCCACCAUUGCCCGCAUCCCCCCGGUCGCUGUGAGGUUACAGAUGUCAGAGCGGAACAUUCUCAGCCGCCUGGCAAACAGGGCGCCAGAACCUCCCCCGCAGCAGGUAGCCCAGCAGCAGUGAAGACCCAGAGUGAUGAGCCACCUCCACCACUGAGCAGUGACCUUCCUCACUUUCUCUUGUCCCGGCUGCCCCUGGGGGCCAGAGAGACCCUUGCCUUCCUUCUACCCAUCUUCUGAGUUGUAAAGGAACAGCCCCGUGCACUGGGGCAGGGAGGGAGGGAGAGGCAAUGGUGCCCUUCCUGCUGGAGAGACAAGCAGUAGCAGCGCAGUGCCCGCCCGCCCGCCCGCCUGUCCGCCACAUGCAAGGAGCCGUGGGUUGACUGCCUUCUGGACCCUGGCUUCUCCCCACUGUGCGCCUGUUACAAACUGUUGUGGGUUCUGCCAGGCUUGAAGAAAAUGAUCUGAAUUUCUUCCUCUUUUUGGUUUUAUUUUGUUGGUUUACUUUGUGUUUUCUCCUUUUGGGGGUACUCAGAGUGGGCCGGCCCCUGGGUGAGACACAGCUACCUCUGUUGGCAUCUUUUUCAUACCAGGAACCCAGUGGCUCCAGCCCCUGAGCAGCUAAAUAAAGUUGGAGGAAAAAAAAAAAAAAAGAAAGAAAAAGAGCCAAAAGCAUAAAAAAAACCACAGCAAAUUUCUUGAUGAGAACUGAAAAUAAAAGUUUCCUUGUAUUUUA